AGCUUCGAAGAUCAAUUUCAUUGCAUAAAUAAACUUAUAAGCGGAAAAUUUUGACUACGAGUUAACGUAGUACGAACAGUGAUAUGAUUUUAGUUUAGACUAAAUUCUAUUUAUUGCAUAUGGAACAGUUCUUAAAAGAGCCAACCACUAAACUCCGUUUCUAAGAUAAGAAAAGAGUACUUUUCGGUCGGCCAUUCCUGAUCCAUUUCAGUUUUGUUUUUACAAGCGGCUAUUGUUUUGUUAUUGUUUUCUUUUUUUUUUUUAUGUUCUUUUUUUCCACUGUUACCGUUGCCAUUAGCAUUAGCCAACAACGGGCGAGUUGUAUAAAUUUUCUAAUUUUUUAUUUCAGUUUCGUUCGUUAGUGACUAAAAACGGUUCUUUGUGUAUCGAAGCUCGUAUCCUAAGAGUGCGAAUAAACAGUACAUAUUAUAUGCAAAACGUUUAAAGUUGGAAAGAAUAAAAAAAAAUUUUAGAAAUUCUCGUUAUACCUUAGCGAAACAUUCAAUAAAAAUAAUUGAAAAAAAAAUAAAAACAAAAAAAAAAAAAUAAAAAAAAGAAGAAAUUUUAAUUACAUGGAAGUGUUGAUGAAAUGCCCCUCGGAAAUAAAAGGCGACCGGAUACUUUGGAAUUAGAAGUGCUCCGUGGGCCAACCGUAAGUCAUCAUGAUACGCAAGAGGACGAUCUAUGUUACCAGACUAAAAAGAUUCGCAAAAAAUCGGCGAUCUCCAAGCCAAAAGACUCAUCCGAUAAUACAUUGCAACCUCUACGAAGCGAUAAUCACGCGGAGGCAUCAGCCGGCAGGCAACAGCGCUGGUUUCAUUUCGGCUCAAAUCGUUUGUGUAGACGUCGUAGUUUAGUUAUUACUAGUGAUAAUACGGAAGAGGAUAAUGUUGCCGGUGACAUCAACACUGCCAGCUUGGGGGCCUCUGCUACAUUGGCGAAACCUGAGCCAACAACAAUUGCCAAUUCUACCACCACAAUACUCACAACUUCGCCCCCCUCCCAGGACAAUCAAACAAUACCAGAUGUAGCUGCAGUAUUACCGCGCAGUAAUUCCAAAAAGCGUCGUCGCAGUAAAGCACACAGUGAAAGUCUCUAUAGUUUAGCGACUCUGGCCCAAACGGGAGAAAUACAAUUACACGCACGGUCGCAACCUCAAAUUAAACUCAAUGACGUUCCAUUUUGGUCAUCGGAUGAUGGUAAACAAACAAACCUGCCUGGCGCUACGACAACUAACGCUACGGUACAAAUUGUCGAUACGCGUGAUCAAGUUUUAUUAACCAGUGCAGAACGUCCAUUACCUUUAGAUAGAGAAAAUGAUGGCAAUUAUUAUUUUUCCAUAAAGUAAGUUUACCCAAAAACGACAUGAAAUUUGCUUUCAAACCCGGUUUGGGUAUCACCGUGGAAGGAUCAUAAUUGUCAUCAUACCCAUAAGCACGUUACACGCGCCCAGCA